CGUAUCAGUAAUUAUUAGCCUUAUGUCGUUGUGCGGACCAUUCCUUAAAUCCAACAGCAUGCAGGUGCAUCCGAAACAUUGUGGCCGGUUUGUGUACACGACCACCAGCUGCUCUGCUCCGUCCGUAGAUAAUAAAAACACAUUGUGCGCCCGCUCCCAUUGUCUUAUCGCGACACAUUGACGCCCAUUGUCACCGGACGAGUCUUUGGGGGUCAGCAGCUGCCAUCUUCGCGUGAUAAAUGAUAAUAAACCUUUUUUUUUUUUUUUCAAACAUUAUACCCCGACCCGGCGAUAAAAUGACGAUUUUCAUCCGGUGCUAUCAGCACAAUGUUCAUUUCGUCAAAACGUUCGGACGUUCGAACAUGUGACAUCUUAAAACUUCCAGGAUCCGGACUAGUAAUUAAGUGAACCGUCAACCGUCGUCUCAAUUCACGAGUACCUAUCUCACGGUUAUGAUGUACGUUUAUUCCAUCGUUGCGUACAACACGUGUUCGUGACAACGACAAUUCGAUUUUCCAAUAUUUAAUUAUGAAACGGAUCCAAUAUUGUAUUCAAUGUUAGAAAUCCGAUUGGAUGAUUGCAGAUUGAUAUUAAUUAACAUAUAGGAUCGAAUGUGAAUUUCGUUGUCGAGUUAUGGGUAUUCAGAUAAAGGAAAAGAUGAAUAAUAAGAACUAUUGGAAGAAGAAAGAUAUUAUUGUGAUAUUUAUUAACUUUACGGUGCUAUUCUUAGUUGUAUAUAUUUAUUAUGUUGUUGAUGAAUUGAGAACUCUAUUUUCAAAAGAAAAGCUGUGUGUGUUAAAACCAUCUUCAAUGAGAACUUUAACUGAUGAUAAUAUAGAUGAACUUUAUUUUGAUAAAUUCAAAUCAGCCAAUCAAUAUGUAAAGAGCCGACACACUCGGUCCAGUGAUUCUGUCAAAUUUCAACAUUCGUCUUUAUUCUUUUUGGCUCAACCAAACACAGAUUUUGAACAAAAUGGUAGUAUUUUGGGACCUUGGAUUUUGUCUAACAAAAGUGUAUCAGUUGACAAUCAUCCCAUUAAGCUGACUUCAAGAAGAACUUUACUUGAAAUUGUUGAUGAAGGGUUUUAUUUACUUUACAUACAGGUAUAUUAUUUGUCAUCUUCUAAGAGAAACAGUUUUGCUAUAACAAAAAUAACAUCUGAUGUAAAUGAAACACUAUCAGUAUGUAGUGCAAUGGGUGUUUAUGGAACAGAAAUUUCUUGUUUUACAUCUUUAAUGGAACAUUUCAAGACUGGAGAUUCAAUUUUAAUUAGGCUCAGGGAAAUGUCUUUAAACAUAAACCUUAGCCGUAGAGUUUCUCAUACAUAUCUAGGCUUAGUUAAACUAUUGUAAUUUUUUUUUUUUUUAAUCUGUGAUCAAUAGUGUAUGUUAUAAUUUAAUUUUUAUUGUUUACUAAAAUU